AUGCUCUCACCACAAGCACUUGCUCUCACCACCACAAGCACCUGCUCCCACCACAAGCACCUGCUCUCACCACCAGCACCUGCUCUCACCACCAGCACCUGCUCUCACCACAAGCACCUGCUCUCACCACAAGCACCUGCUCUCACCACAAGCACCUGCUCUCACCACAAGCACUUGCUCUCACCACCACCAGCACCUGCUCUCACCACCACCAGCACCUGCUCUCACCACAAGCACCUGCUCUCACCACAAGCACCUGCUCUCACCACAAGCACCUGCUGUCACCACCACCAGCACCUGCUCUCACCACCAGCACCUGCUCUCACCACCAGCACCUGCUCUCACCACCAGCACCUGCUCUCACCACAAGCACCUGCUCUCACCACAAGCACCUGCUCUCACCACCACAAGCACCUGCUCUCACCACCACAAGCACCUGCUCUCACCACCACCAGCACCUGCUCUCACCACCCCACACUUGUUGCCACACGCGCUGCUACCACCCGCAUUGCUGCCUCCCCUGCUACUGCCACACCUAUUGCCACACGCGCUGCUGCCACCCGCACUGCUGCCUCCCCUGCUACUGCCACACCUGUUGCCACACGCGCUGCUGCCACCCGCGCUACUGCCUCCCCUACUACUGUCACACCUGUUGCCACAUGCGCUGCUACCACCCGCACUGCUGCCUUUCCUGCUACUGCCACACCUGUUGCCACACGCGCUGCCGCCACCCGCACUGCUGCCUCCCCCGCUACUGCCACAUCUGUUGCCACACGCGCUGCUGCCACCCGCACUGCUGCCUCCCCUGCCACUGCCACACCUAGUGCCGUUGCUCCUUGCAAGGUGGGUUCCUCAGGUGCGACGACGACGGGUGCUAUUCUUAGGGGACGCUUGUCUGGUAGUGGGAAUAAGGUGGAUAAGGGGGAAGGGGGGGCAGGUGAGAAGGGGAAGGUGGUGGACAACACGAAGGGGAAGGCCAUAGAAAUUAAAGAGGCAGACAAGAGGAAGCACGCGGUGGGCAAAUGGAAAGGGAAGGCAAAGGUGGAUGAUGGGCAGGAGGGGGCGAGUGGAGGUCAUAUGGGUGGUGAAGGGGGGGGUUUGGAAAGGAAGGAGAAGAGAUGCGAGGGCAAUGAGGCGAAGGUUGGUGCAAGCAAGCAGAAACGGCCCUUGAGCGCGACCCAAAGCGAGAUGACUCGCUGGUCCCGCGCGCGCAUGGUUCAGAUCUCCCGCGAAAACCCCUCCUUAUCGCCUCUUCAGGCGUACAACGCCGCCCAGCGGCUCUGGAGGAUACACCGGUUGAACAGCGAGGUGCAGGCGAGGCAGGAGGAGGGCGAGGAGGAGGGCGAGGAGGAGGGCGAGGAGGAGGGCGAAGAAGAGGGCAAAGAAGAGAGUGAGAAAGAGGGUGAGGAAGAGGGAUGCAUGAAGGGCGGCGAUGAGACCGAGAAGGAGGGCGAGGAGGAGAGCGAGGAGGAGGGCGAGGAAGAGGACGAGGAGGAGGGCGAGGAAGAGGGCGAGGAGGAGGGCGAGGAAGAGGGCGAGGAGGAUGGCGAGGAAGAGGGCGACAAGGAUGGCGAAGAAGAGGGCGAGGAAAAGGGCAAGAAAGAGGGUGUAGAAAAGGGUGAUGACGAAGUACGUGCAUCAAGUGACGACGAUGUUCAGGAGGUGCAGCUGAUGCGAGAAGCGGGUGAUGGAGAUGUGAGGGAGCAAGAAAAUGUGGAGAAAGGGGUUGGUAGGGCCAGCACCAGUGGCGCGAAUGGUAGGGGCAGAAAAAGGAAAGCAGUGGAGAGUCGCAUGAGUGAGUCACAAUUGGAUGCGAGUGAGACGGAGACGCAAUUUCAUGCGUCUCAGAUCAUUGGCACACAGUUGCCGCCUUUUUUCACUGUUGAUGACACUGUUGUUCCUGAAGUCUCGAGGAUGAAUGGGGCAACCCGAAAUGCCCCUUUCCCCUCUUUGUUGCACGCAACCUCAUCUACCCUUUUUAAAUGUGAUGCCACUUAG